AUGUUUUCGUCCUUCUCGUCCUUCUCGCCGUCGGCCGAGGCGCACCGCCUGGUCGUCGACCACCGUCUCAACCUCACCAUCAGGCCCGAGGAGCACACGGCCUCCUCUCGUCGAUUCGCUGACUGCACGGCCGGCGUCCAGCACCCAAGCCGCCAGACUUCGAAGCACACACCCGACUCGCAAUCGAUCGUCGUGAAGAACAUCAUGAACCUGCUGAAGCAAAACAAAGACCGACUGGACGAGCUGAAGGGUGGUUGCAGCACCAGCGACAUCGAGAUGGGCGCGCCGUCGCGGCAGCAAGCGGGCGGCGCGAGCGGCUUCAUGGCAGUCUUCUUCCAGGAGGUGAAUGAGGUGAAGGCAGCGAUGUGCACGAUCCGCGCCAACAUUGCCCGCAUCGAGGCUCACCACGGCGAGGCGCUCGGCGCCAUCAGCGCGGAGCAGGGCAAGGCGGCCACGGCGAAGCUGGAGCAGGAGAUGGGCGGCACAAACGCACUGGCCAAGAAGGUGGGAUCGCCUCAUCGAUUGUUUUAA